GAAGAGGAAACUAAGGUGCAAAAAAGGAUGAUUUGGCCAAAAGCUCACUCUUAGGCCGACUGGCCAGGAAGCCCGCAAGAGUCAAAUGAAUGAGUGAAGCCAGACCUAGGGUGAUCCGUAGCCGCGGUCCCCCGGCUGGGCCUCGGGGGGACCCGUAGCUCGGCGCCGCACCCACCCCCACCCCCUCCCCCCUCCUCCGCUCGCCAGCAGUCCCACCCGCUGGAUCCCACCCGCUGGAUGCCCCCCGUCAGACCCUCUACCCCAAAAGAGCCCGAGCCCAUGCCCCUGCCCCGCAGGGGAAGGGGAUCCCGCCUGGCCGGCUCCCGAGUGGCCAGCACUAGCCUCCCGCGAGCGACGGCCCACUCGCCGAGGCAUGCCGGCCGCGGGACCCCGUGGUUGAGCCAUGCGCAACGCCUCACCCGGCGGCGCCAUUCCUCCGAGCAGGUCCCACCAGGGCCCGAGCAGCAGGCGGACUUCCGCUCGGGAAAGUGGCUCCAAGAGCGCGCCGGAGGGGACGCCAGGGACUCGCGGCAGACUCUGCGUGCUGGGAUGGGCUCUAGACACAGGAUCUGUAGUCGGGAAGAAAUAGUGAUCCCUUGUGCUUCUGACACUGAUUCAGGAAGUGUGGAUUUGCAGAUGAGCAACUUAGAGGAUAUUAAAAAAGGCUCAAGUAGCCUUGAACUUACAGACUCGGACAUCUUAGACAUCCCUGAACUCCCUCAGGAAUCCCUCACAGACACCUUCCAAUGCGUGACCCACCAGGGCCCCCUUGGCCAGGCCAUCGUUGAGAGUCUGAUCCAGUCCAUCCAGGAGUUUUUAAAUGGUGAACUAAAGAGUGAACUUGAGAAGCUGAAAUUCCUAAGAUCUUUGUCUUCUCUCAGCCGAACUUUACCUUAUGAUGAAACCACAGAGUCAUUCAUUCGCAACCAUAUAGCAGACAUUGUGCAUAAGCUAAAUAUACUGGUGGAGGAGGAGCCGCUGCAUUCUCUCUUCAGCCCUGUGCGCCAAGAGGUCUUCGUCACUGUCGCUGACUUCAGCUACCAAGAUGUCCGUUUGCUGCUUGGCUCUGAUGAUCGAGCUGACCUGUUCAGUCUUAUCACCAGAAGUAUAAUCACUCUACCCUCUGUAACGACUCUUACCCAGAUGCAGGAAGUGAUGCCAUUUGGAUCCUACAACUCAGAGUCCCUCUAUAGGCAGACGUUCCAAGCAUUCUCUGAGAUGCUUCAGAGUUUGGUGAUAAAAGACCCACAUUUGGAAAAUCUUGACACCAUUUUUAAGCACAUGGAGCCCUGGUUACAGUCACUCAAAGACCACGAGCGAGAACGGGCCGCAGCCAGCAUGGCUCAAGUUCUGAAGUGCUUAUCAAGAAAUCUCAGCCUGAAGCUUCCACUGCAAUUCCAAAGACUUGGACAUCUAGUGGCUCUGAUGGCACUACUGUGUGGGGACCCGCUGAAGGAGGUGGCCGAGGAGGCUGCAGAGGGCACACACUACCUGCUGCAUAUUACCCUAAGGAUGAAGUAUAUCACUCACGACAAGAAAAAUCGAAGCUUGAAAGAAGCAAUGAAAAAAUGUCGAGAACUCCUAGAACUCCACAGUAUUCAACAGUUCUACAGUUGUCCCUUCAAAAUUGCACAGGUCUUCGAAGUUUUCCUCAAUUCAAAUGAGCUCUGCCAGUUUGUAAUGACUACACUAGAUGGCCUGAAAAACCUGAAACAUCCCUGCACCCAGCAGUCAGCGGGAGAGUUGCUGAUAACGUUGGUGAAGAGUGCGGAGUCCCGGUUUGAGAAGGUGCCAGAAAUUAUGGGGGUUAUCUGUGCCCAGCUAUCUGUAAUCAGCCAGCCUAGAGUCCGCCGACAAAUCAUAAAUACCGUGAGUUUGUUUAUUUCCAGGCCCAAGUACACAGACACAGUGAUCAGCCACCUUCUGUGUCAUCCAGUUCCAUAUGACAGGCAUCUGGCUGAGUUGUGGAGAACUCUGGAGGUGGAGCUGCCCAGCACAACCUGGAUCCUGUGGAGGCUCCUAAGGAAGCUGCAGAAAUGCCAUAACUUGCCCACCCAGGAGAAGAUGGCCUACGUGGCUGUUGCUGCGACAGAUGCCCUUUAUGAGGUGUUUGUGGGAAACAGGCUUCGAGAAGCUACACUCCGACUCUUUCCGCAGCUUCUCAUGACACUGCUCAUCCAGAUUCACCACAGCAUUGGCCUCACCAUGUCUGAUGUCGCCAUCCCAAGUGGCCUGUACACAGACCAGGAAAUGUCUUCAGAGGUCACCCCUUUGUGCUUUGCCAUACAGGCUACAAAGACUCUCCUCCUCAGAACAUUCUGCUGGCAGGAAUUCAACAUCAUGGAAAAGAAUAAAGGAUGGGCGCUUCUGGAAGGAAAAGAUUGCCAUCUUCAGGGAGUGUCCCUCCUUGCCAAUGCGUUGCUGGAAAGGAAUCACUUCCUUGCACAUAAGGUCAUGUACCUGUUGGUCCCUCUUCUUAACCGAGGAAAUGAUAAACAUAAACUCACAUCUGCAGGCUUUUUUGUGGAGCUUCUCCAGAGUCCAGUGGCUAGGAGACUGCCCAGCAUAUACUCUGUUGCCCGCUUGAAAGACUGGCUACUUCAUGGAAAUAAGCUUUUUAAAGUUCUUGCCCUGAGGGGACUGCACUAUCUUGUCAGACACCAGGAGACGAGGGAAGACAUCAAGAGCCUGUCUCCAUGCAUCUUAGACUUCUUACGUGAAACUGAUGAGAAGAUUGUUUUGUUGACCAUCCAGAUACUCCUGCAGCUCGUCAGGACAAUGGAUUUCACCACCCUGACUGCCAUGAUGAGGACCUCGUUCUCCUUAUUUGGUGAUGUAAGACCUGAUGUUCAUCGUCUGUCCAUGACCCUCUUUGGAGCCUCUGUAAAGUCUGUGAAAUACACAGAUAAGAAGCGUGUAGAGAGCCAAGUUCUGGGCAGCUUGGUCCCACUACUUCUGUAUUCCCAGGAUGAAAAUGAUGCAGUAGCUGAGGAGAGCAGGCGAGUCCUAACCAUAUGUGCCCAGUUCCUGAAGUGGAAGCUGCCCCAAGAAGUGUACUGCAAAGAUCCCUGGUACAUCAACCCUAGUGACGUUGGAAUAAUCUGCAAAUUCUUUGGAAAAAAAUGCAAGGGGAAAAUUAACAUCUUAGCCCAAACACUGAUGUUCUCCAAGAAUGCAAAACUUCCUAUCAGAAGAGCAGCAGUCUUGUUUGUAGGGCUCUUACCAAGUUACACGGAUCACAGUGAGCUGAGGAUGAAGGGUACUGACUGGAUAGAGGAUGAUCUGAGAAAGCUGCUGCAUGACCCCGAGCCCUCUCUGCGCAUCAUCGCCACCCAGGCUCUGUUGCAAAUCCACAAGUUCGGGGCUGAGCGAGAUCCCAGGGAGACAGCUUGAGGACUGAGAAAGCUCAUCGGUUGUCUUCCUACCUAGAAGUGCAAGGCAAGCAACAUCAGGUGGAAACUAAUCCCUUUGGAAACCACAGAAGCAGCUGGUGCUCUUUUUUUUCCAGGCAUAAAGCAAUGCCAGCAUGAAGAUACCUCCACCCAUUUAAUUACCUCAGAACAUAUUUUUUGCUGUCAAAAUCUUUAAGAAAUUACAGAGGUUUGGGAAAGGCUGAAGAGGCACUUAAUGGUGAUUAUAUUGACAAGUCUCUUUAUUCUAAACAUCUCCAUUACUUUUAUAGAAGUCUCUCUUCAGAGAUAGGUUGAUGUUUUUAUGGAAUUUUUUAAAAUACACAAAACAAGUAUUUCUGGACAUUUAACUUUGUGGUAAUAUGUUGAAAUAAAAGUUCAAUAUAAUUAAAUAUCAUUUUGGCUUUAUUUUCAUCAUAUACUAUUAAAAUGUAUUAUAUUUGUUAUCUAUUACUGGCCCAACUGUGUGUUUAUUAUUUUAGACUUUGCCUUUUUUUAGAAGUUUGAGUAUUGCUUUUCCUUCUUAUACUAAGAUACCUAUUUUAUAUGAAAUUUUUUUCUUUUAUUGAAAGAUUAAACUAUCACGUAGGUAACAGAUGGGAUUAGGGAAGGGGAGAAUCUCACAGGCAUCAGCUCUGGCAAGUAAAACUAUAGUAGGUAAAAUUGUGAAGUAGGUCAGAUCUCUGCCCCUUCCAGCUCCCUCCUUCCUUCUCCCAGAUUCUUGGCUCCAUGUUCCUUUUUUCUCCCUCUCAGGAAAGAGUCUGACGAACUGUGAUGACAAACAGCACUGUACUCCCCCAGUCCUUGAAUUGUUUUCCCUUGAGUAAAGGAUAUCAAACUUGUUGCUAAAUUGUGUUAUUUUUGUCAUUUGACAGUACCAAAGAAUCUUUAAUGAGGGGAAUGUCACAUCUCCCCCGCCACCUCUAUUUUAGCAGUGUAGAUGUAGAAAGGGAAAUUUUAUUUAUUUUUAUUUUUUUAAUUGACAUAUAAUCAGUUACAAUGUGUCAAUUUCUGGUGUACAGCAUAAUGU